AUGAAGACCUUCGCCUACGCCGCUGCCGCCGCCGUCGCCUGCCUCGCCACGCAGACCGCCGCCUACGACGAGACCACCGUGUGCCCGUCCUCGGAGACUGCCAAGCUCCUGGCCCUUGCCGCGGACCCGUACCUGUCUUCGUGCCAGACCGCGUCGGGCUACACGUUCGUCCCGCCCUCGGCUUACCCCACGGAGGCUCAAGUCCUGCUCAUGUGCCUAACGUCGGACUGCUACUCGCUCAUCUCUGACCUUCUGGCCCUCGACCCGUCGGACUGCGUGAUCGACUUCGGCACGGUGAAGAUCAACGUACUGGAGCUGGCGGACAGCUUCCUGCCCAACUGCACCGCUCUCGGUUUCUCGGCUUAA